AAUAAAAUAGAAAUUGUCGUCCUCUGAUAUACUUCAAUCAGAGAUCAUUAGUCUGCUUUUGUAGAAUGAACUUGCAUUUCCAAGGCUUGCUUUUCCACUCUUUAUGGAAAAGCAUACUCGGGAAGGAGGAUGUUCUUUUGGACAAGUAUAUAUAUAAUGUAAAAUGAUAGUUUCUAGUGAAUAAAAACAACAAACAUCGUACCUAGACCAAGACGAAUAUUGAGAAACUAAAGAUGAUUAUUGGUAGCGGAAAGUUAUCUCUUAAUUGUCUAGUCCUGAAAAUAAUAGCAGCAGCAUUUGUCUGCUUGACAUCAACGGUUGUGGCAAUUAACGUUCCUAAUCCUAAUUAUGCUGAUGCCUUGACAAAGAGUAUUCUCUUCUUCGAGGGACAAAGGUCUGGUAAAUUACCCCCUAACCAGCGCAUGACUUGGAGAAAGGAUUCUGCUCUUCUUGAUGGAGCGGAAAAGGGUGUGGAUUUGGUAGGUGGGUACUAUGAUGCUGGUGACAAUGUCAAGUUCCACUUUCCAAUGGCUUUUACAUCGACCAUGUUGGCUUGGAGUGUCGAGCAGUUCAAAAAUUCAAUGGGACCAGACUUGCAACAUGCCAUGGAGGCUAUCAGGUGGUCCACGGAUUAUUUCUUAAAGGCAACAAACAUUCCCAAUGUGGUAUAUGCACAAGUAGGUAACGCGGAGAACGAUCACAACUGUUGGGAAAGGCCUGAAGAUAUGGACACUCCUCGUACUGCUUUUGCAGUUACUGCACAAGCUCCUGGUUCUGAAGUUUCUGCUGAAAUUGCUGCUGCUCUAGCUGCUGCCUCCGUGGUUUUUAAGCGUACUGAUCCUGCAUAUUCCAAAUUGCUUGUCAACAGAGCUGUUCAGGUUUUUGAGUUUGCGGAUAAAUACAGGGGAUCUUACAAUGAUCACUUAGGAUCUUGGGUGUGCCCAUUCUAUUGUGAUUACAAUGGAUACAAAGAUGAAUUGCUUUGGGCUGCAGCGUGGCUCCUCAAAGCUACAAGAAAACCUAUGUAUUGGAUCUACGUCAAACAAAACAUAAUAAACUUCAAAUCAGACAUGGAAAGCAGCUUAUCAGAAUUCGGAUGGGAUGCCAAGCAUGCUGGUAUCAAUGUGCUUAUCUCCAAGUUUGUUCUCGAUAACCCUUCAAAUGCUAACCCCUUCCUUCCAUACGCUGAUACAUUCGUCUGCAGUGUAUUUCCUGAAUCUCCCACCAAUACAGUCAGAUACACUCCAGGUGGACUCAUGUACAAAUCAGGGAUUUGUAAUAUGCAAAAUCCAACAGCUCUGUCAUUUCUACUUCUUACCUAUGCGCGCUACAUGAAGAGCAGAGUCAUUCGUUGUGGCAACAUUGAUGUAACUCAAAAGAUGCUCAUUCGUUUUGCAAGAAGCCAGGUGAAUUAUAUUCUUGGGAUAAAUCCAAUGAACAUGUCAUACAUGGUUGGGUUUGGAACGAAAUUUCCUCAAAGAAUACACCAUAGAGGAGCUUCAUUGCCGUCUAUCAAUCAACAUCCAGAGAAGAUGGGAUGUAAAGAAGGGACACCAUAUUUCCUCAGUGAAAAUCCAAAUCCCAACUUGCAUAUAGGGGCUGUGGUUGGAGGACCUGACAUCAAAGAUUAUUUUGUUGAUUCAAGACCUAAUGCUGCCCAGUCAGAACCAACUACAUAUGUAAACGCACCUCUUGUUGGCCUCUUAGCUUAUUUUAAAGCUCAUCCCUAGUCCUGAAUACUUGUGGACUUAUAGUAACUCAAAUAUGUACAGAUUACUGAAAUUUCCUUUCUCACAAUAUGUCAAAAGUGUACCUUACUGGAACUUCAGGCAUAAAGAAAGGGUAGAACUUAGAAGCAUAGAGUGUCUGAUAAUCUUUUUGUAUUUUAUCUCUCACUCUUGAAACUUGUAUUAUUACUUGUGUGUUUCUAUACAAGGAAUUAAAGAAAAUUUGCAUCA